AUGAAGGUGCCGAAAGGCAUCUUCCUUCAACCUGCCAACCUGCCGGGAAAAGUGAACAAGUGGCAGGAUUUUUGCAAAUUCGAGCCCCCAGCUUCCGCGGCUGCACGCUCAUCUGUCCCUCCCGCUCGCGCGCUCCCGCGCGCACCCUCGCGCACCCUCGCGCACCCUCGCGCACCCUCGCGCACCCUCGCGCACCCUCGCCAACCCCACGUUACUUUGAUUGACAGCCCGGCCCCGCCGCUCUCCUUCCCACCGACCUUCCCAUCCACAGUGCCAAUCUCCGCGUCUCCCUUCUUCCUAUUGGCUGGUUUCGGCGUCCCGCGGCUCCUCCAGGAACAGUUCUUCACCGAGCCCGGGAGGACGCGGCUGGCGGAGGAGGGCUACCGCCCGGACCCACGUCCCCCGCCGGCUCUGCGCUCCCGCCCCCCGCCCGCGCCGGGCUGGGCGGGGCCGGCGCUGGCGCGGGCGGCGGCGGCGGGAGCGGCGGCUGCAGGAGCAGCGGCGAGUACCCUGUGCCCCGCGUCCCCGAAGCAGCCGACUGCGCCACCCCCACCCUCUCACGGCCGGGCGGGACCCGUGCCGCCAGCCCGGACCUCCGCCGGCCCGCAGCGACCUAAACACCGCCGCGACUACUCCGGACCGGUCUGCGGAGUUUGCCCGCCGGGUAGGGAGGCCGAGCGGCGGAGCGCACUCCUGCUUUUUUUCCCCCCACCAUCUCGUGGAUGUCGCCCCCCGGGUCGUGAGAGAACUUUGCAGCGGGCUGGAGCGCCCUUUGCAGAGAGGCAGACGAAGGGAAGGAAAGAAAGAGGGCCCAGGAAGGGGCUUGGAAGAAGAGUCCAGAGCGGCCGUGCGGGCCGUGAGGGGCGAGUGCGCGCGGGGCGCGGCGCCCGGAUGCACCCCGGGAUCGAGGAGCAGCAGGCGGCUGCGGGACUGCUCCCCGCGGUGUAGCCCCGCC